AUGUCUGUCGUAGGUUUUGACUUUGGUAACUUACAAUCGGUCAUUGCUGUUGCCCGAAAUCGCGGAAUUGAUGUCGUAUGUAAUGAAGUAUCUAAUCGUGCAACCCCUUCCCUGGUAUCUUUUGGUCCCAAACAAAGAUAUCUAGGAGAAGCUGCGAAAACUCAGGAAAUCUCAAACUUCAAAAAUACCAUUGGAUCAUUGAAAAGAAUAGCAGGCCGUAUGUUCCACGAUAGAGAAGUUCAGGAAACAGAAAAAAAGUACAUCAAUGCCGAAUUAGUGGAUGAGAAAGGACAAAUUGGUGUUAAGGUGCAAUAUCUUGGUGAAACACGUGUUUUUACUAGCACCCAAUUGGUUGCCAUGUAUUUUACGAAACUUAAGGAAAUUGCAUCAGCUGAGUUAAGAAUUCCGGUCUCUGAUGUGGUGAUCUCUGUGCCUGGAUGGUACACCGAUUUUCAACGUCGUAGUAUAUUGGAUGCAGCGGAAAUUUCCGGAUUAAAUUGUCUACGACUGUUAAAUGACACAACGGCAUCUGCAUUGGGUUAUGGUAUAACGAAGACGGAUUUGCCCGAGGAUAAGGAGAAACCACGAUAUGUUGCAAUAGUCGAUAUUGGACAUUCCAACUACAGUGUGGCGAUCGUGGCAUUCAGUAAAGGCCAAUUAAGCGUGAAGGCUACCGCGUAUGAUCGUCAUUUUGGCGGACGUGAUUUCGAUCAAAUACUAGUUGACCACUUUGCUGAAGUGUGUAAAGAAAAGUACCGUAUUGAUAUCCAGUCUAAUCCAAAAGCGCUGUUCCGGCUUCGCUCAGGAUGUGAAAAAGUGAAGAAAGUGUUGUCGGCGAAUUCACAGGCACCUCUUAAUGUGGAAAAUGUCAUGAAUGAUGUCGACGUCAGUUCAAUGAUAAAACGAGAAGAUUUCGAAAACUUAGCAUUACAUCUUUUAGAUCGUGUGCACGUGCCACUAGAACAAGCUCUUAAAGAAUCGGGUCUCACGAAGGAAGAUAUUCAUUCUGUUGAAAUGGUGGGUGGCUCAUCACGUAUACCCGCAGUAAAAGAGCGCAUAUCCCAGUUCUUUGGCAAAGAGUUGAAUUUCACUCUUAAUCAAGACGAAGCCAUUGCACGAGGUUGUGCCUUCCAAUGUGCGAUUCUUUCGCCAGUGUUUAAGGUGCGAGAUUUCUCGAUUCAGGAUGCAUACAGUUACCCGAUCAAAGUCAAGUGGGACAAUGUUCCAGAAAUUCCUGACGAGGAAUCUGAGCUUCUCGUGUUCCCGAAAUUAAAUGCAAUACCAUCUACCAAAAUAUUAACUUUCCAUCGUAAAAAGCCAUUUGAUAUCGAAGCUCAUUAUGCUGAUCUUGAAGCACUCCCCCCAGGAAUUAAUUCAUGGAUCGGAAGAUUCUCUGUAAAGAAUGUUGAACCCUCAGAAACUGAUGAUUUGAGUAUAGUAAAAGUGAAAGCAAGACUUAAUCUUCACGGUAUUCUUUCGGUGGAUAGUGCGAAUAUCGUUGAAGAGGUGAUUAAAGAAGAAAAGGAAGAACCGAAGACAACUGAGCCACAAGCCAUGGACACUGAUCAACAACCUCAAGAUCCCAGUGACGAAGCUCCAAAACCCGUAAAUGUCAAAAAAGUCAAAAAAAUUGUAAAGAAAGCUGAUAUACCAGUCGUCUCGGGUACUUCAUCUCUCGACAAAUCGAUCAUCUCACUUUAUCGAGAAAAUGAAGCACAAAUGAUAUCAACUGACAAGCUCGUAAUUGACACCGAGACACAAAAGAACGCACUUGAAGAAUACGUGUAUGACAUGCGCGCAAAAGUCGAGAGCACCUAUUCUGUUUAUGUAAAACCCGACGAAAAAGACACCUUCCUUAAGCUUCUCAAUGACACAGAAACUUGGCUUUACGAUGAAGGUGAAGAAGCCACGAAAUCCGUAUACGUCUCAAAACUAAACGAUUUGAAAAAGUUUGGUGAUCCAAUUGUCGAGCGAUCUCGAGAAGCUGAGGAGCGUCCAAAAGCUGAAAAACAAUUGCGUGAUAGUAUACAAUCUUUUAUGUUGAAUGCUACCAAUAAUGAAGAAAAAUUUGCUCAUAUUUCUGAUGAAGAGAAGAAGAGUGUGGUCGAUAAGGCGACGCAAGUUUUACAUUGGUUGGAUGAAAAGAUAUCUUCACAAGCGAAGCUGCAGAAAUAUGACAAACCUGUCGUGCAUGCACAUGAAAUUCUUAAGGAACGAGAUGCACUUGUACAAUAUUGUACACCGAUUAUUUUCAGGCCUAAACCAAAACCAGAACCUAAACCUGCUGAAACUUCUGGAACACAAGGUGCUCAAGGAGCACAAGAAACUCCUGCAACACCACAGACAGAAACUCCCGCUACUGAAUCUGGAAGUGCAAAAGAUAACAACAAAAAGGAAACUGCUAAAGAAAGUGAAAUGGAUGUUGAUUAA